AUGAACAGAACCACACCUCAGAGGAGGUCAUCCUCCAGGAGACAGACCUCAGUUCCAUCCACACCCCCUAGAGAGCCCCAGACAAUUCCUCAGUCAUGGGCCCACGCCGGGACCUCGUCCACCCCCGUCAACCUCCAACCUAGCCUGGGCAGAGAGGCAGAGGAGGGUGGGUAUCUGGACAAACAAGAUGGAGAUGGAGGUAGCCCCAUAGAGGACUCUCAGACUGGGGCAUCGUUGGAUUAUCUGUUGCACCUUAUUCUUGUACUGGCAUCUUUUUUAAAAUCUCUUUGUUCACUCUCUGUGCCUCUUGUCCACUUGUUUCUUCUUAUUAAGCACCACUUUCAAUUCUUUGGUCACCCAUGGUUUGUUGUCAGGAAAUAUGCUCAUCUGAGACAGUCCUGCCAAUACUUCGAUCUGUCCACAGCCCAGAACCCCACACCAGGGUACGAGCUGGCCCCUAUCACCCCAGAGCUGGCCCGCUGGAUCAGGCUUCGGUCACAGGACCUCAAGCUCCGCCAGAGUGACCGCCAGUGGGCCGUGGACUUGGUCAACCAUCUCCGGGACAGCCUGCUGGUCUUCCUCAAGAACAGUGACGAGCAGCCCUACUUCCAGUCAGCCUCUGUGCUCAACAGUGGUUCAUACUACGAGAUGGUUAAGAUACACAACCCAAAUGAGUUUGACAUGAUGCUGAAGCUCCAGUCUCCUUCCCGCCUCAAAAUGACUGAGCUGGACCAAUACCACGGCCUGUUCUACGAAGUCGCCCUUUCCCGACCGACGCGUUCCCACAUACGGUCUUUCCUAUUGGAAGAUGGGCUCACCAUCUCAGCCAGCAAGAUCAUAAGGGAAAUGCACCGUCUGGUCCGAAAGUUCAUCAGCACCUACAAAGCAGUGCCUGGAAAUAGCUGGCGUUGGGUUGUGAAGAGGAAGCGUCCAAACUCCCCAGCGGUGACCCUUUCCCUGUUGGAGGUGGAUAAUGGGAAAGAGGAACUACUUUCUGUGGAUGUGGUGCCCGCCUUGGAAGUGCCCUCCUCACAGAGCUGGCCUCUGGCUGCCCGCGCAGGCCCAGAUGUGAACAACUGGCUGGGGAAGAAGACCCGGCGCUCUCUCACCCACCAAACUUGCUUCUUUGUGCCCAAGAAACCGCCAGGGCGUAACCUCAGUGAGGCAGCUAAAGAGAGUUGGAGAAUUUCAUUUUCUCACAUAGAAAAGGAACUAAUCAAGACUCAUGGGAACAAGAGGACCUGCUGUGAGAGCUCUGCCACCAAGUGCUGCCGUAAGCAGUGCUUUAAGCUCCUCAAGUGUCUGAUCGAGGGACUGAAGAAACGCUACCCUCAGGAGCUGGAUGCUCUGUGCUCCUACCAUGGGAAGACAGUCUUUCUACACACCCUUUCCAUCAGGGCCCAGGACUCCCUGUGGACACUGCAUCAUCUGCCUGCCUGCUUCAUGCACCUCCUAGGGGCCCUGGAGGGCCACGCAAGGAGCGGCCUGCUACCCCACUUCUUUGUCCCCAGCUCCAACCUCUUCGCCGCACUGACCUUCCCACGCAAAGCUCUGGUGUUUCUGACUGAGGCUCUGGAGGAGCAGAGGAGACAGGGGCUUCCCCUUUUAAUGCCCCCGGCUCCUGCCCCACCACUGGCAGUACACUCCCCCAGUAACUCCCAGUCCCAGCCAUCCAUUGUUGUACAGCAGACUCAUGUUAUCCAGUCUCCUAUUAUCCAGCCACUCAAAGUUAUUGAGACAAAAGCUUUAGUGAAAAUGUUCAACAUUUUAGCUUUGGUUGUGGCUUUGGUCUGUGUUGUUUGUUACCUCUGCCCAUCAGUGGUAGGAAAGUAGCAGAGACAGUCCAAUCUACAGCAGAGGGCGCUAAAAUGUUAUGCAGAUGUAGAGAAUGAUAAGCCAUUUUUAAACAGAUUUUUAUUUAUCUCUAAAUUAUGUCUUUGCUCUUAAUAAUAAACACAAUGAAAAAA